UUAAUGAAUAUUAUUACCGGAAUCAUGGUAUUAUGACUAUAUCACUGGUUCAUUGAUCUUUGCAGUGCCAGUACGUGUAAGAUAUUACUAUGUGCAUGUCUUCUCUGUACUCCUAUGUAAAACUCUAAUUACUAACUAUUGAUUCCUAUAUUUGUUUAUCUCAUUUAGAGGAUCGGCUGUACUACCGUGAUCAACGUUACGGCAUCUACAGCUCAGACCUGCUGGGCAACGAUAUCCGACAGGUGAUGUUUGAAGACGGGAAGCUUGUUAAGGGAAUCGCGGUUGACGAGGACUUCGUCUACUGGUCAUCAUCAUCAUCCCAGCAGGGAAAAAUCGGAAAGCUGUCCAAGUCCAACCUGACCAAGACUGUGCUGGUGGAUGGCCUGGUUAACCCAUACCGCAUCUGCCUGUCCACGGCGCCUCCUGACAUCGAUGCCUGUCUGGCCAAUCCGUGUGACGCCCGGGCCACCUGUACGGAUAACCCUGCCCCCGCUCUCAAUGCAACUUGCACCUGCAACACUGGAUAUACAGGAGAUGGUCUUGUGAAUGGAACCGGAUGUACAGACAUCGAUGCCUGUCUGGCCAAUCCGUGUGAUACCCAGGCCACCUGUACGGAUAACCCUGCCCCCGCUCUCAAUGCAACUUGUACCUGCAACACUGGAUAUGCAGGAGAUGGUCUUGUUAAUGGAACCGGAUGUACAGACAUAGAUGCCUGUCUGGCCAAUCCGUGUGAUGCCCAGGCCACCUGUACGGAUAACCCUCCUCCUGCCCUAGAUGCAACUUGUACCUGCAACACUGGAUAUGCAGGAGAUGGUCUUGCUACUGGAGGAUGUUCAGAUGUAAACGAGUGUGAAGUGAGCCCCGGAAUCUGCGGACGCAAUGCUGACUGUAUCAACUUGAUUGGAGCCUUUGACUGCAAGUGUUUCCCAGGAUUCCAGAUGGGAGCAGGCGGCUGUAAAGAUGUGGAUGAAUGUUCCGGUGAUCGCUCGUGUUCUGAAAACGCCUACUGCGUGAACCAACCUGGGACGUACCACUGUGUCUGUCUGGAGGGGUUUACGGGGAAUGGCAAAACAUGCACAGUGUGUGGCCACUGCCAGGGUGGGGAAAACUGUGACCCUAUGUCAGGUGUCUGCUCCUCUGGGUGUCAGGAUGGAUGGAAAACACAGCUUUGUGAUAAAGCUGUGGAUCCGCCAGUGGACCUCGCCGUAACCGACAUCACGGAUGAAGGGUUCAAGGUCACGUGGUCUCCAUCCCCUGAUCCUGACCUUGACCUUGAGGGAUACCGUGUCGUGCUGUCCGGGCUAGACAUGAUGACAGCUGUCAAUCAGAGCACAGGCGAGGCAUCGCUUCCGGUGGUUGGCCUGUCACCGGAGACCGAGUACGUCAUCAGGGUGACAGCCCUGUUCUCAUCAGGCGGUUGGAGGUCACAGAGCGAGGCAGCGAUGAUAGAGGCGGCAACGGCUGCUGUACCCAGCACAACGCCUGCCCCUGCUGAUACCACCGAGCAGACAAGUCAGGGGACCAGCGCAGUUUCCACCAAGGUUUCCACGGGACCAGCGACGUCAAUCCGGUGGCAAGAUGAGCGGGACGGAGCUGCCACUGGCGACAGAGGGUCCUCAUCUGUUAGCUAUGACGUCACUAAAACCACCACUGAGCACCCUGGCCACUUUUCACAAGAAACCAAGGAGACCAGCAGCAGACCGCCAGUGGGUACCAAGGAGACACCAGACCAGGCUCUUGGUAACGACCUUGACAGCAUCUAUGCAGAGUCCGUCUCCCCAAACCCACAGGAUGUACUCAAGAUGCUGGCUCAGAAUGCAGAUGUCCCUGGAGAUGCUGUUGCGUCGGAGCAGCCAGCAUCAGCUGCUGAGGAAAAGGCACAGGCCAUGGCCCAGGGUGUUCUGAAGUCCAUCACCAGCAAACUGGACAAACUGGACAUGUCUGACCCGGCCACUGUCAAGUCUGUGGGAGGAUCUCUUGUGGAGUCUGUUGGUUCCAUGCUUGAGGAACCAGAGAGAGAUGUCCAUGAGGAUGAUGGGAAUCUUACAUCUGAUCUCGAGGAAGACCAGAGCCUCUCUCCACAGGAGCGCCUUGAAAAGGCGGAAGAAAAAGAGCAGGAGAAACAAACCAAGAGACGAAAAAUCGUCCAGGAAAGCCGCCAGGUCCUGGAUGGUCUGUUUGACGCCAUUAUCGGCUCUAUGAGUCCAGGAGCCCCGGCAGUCACCAUCGAGAGGGGAGGGGUGACUCUCCGUGCCCAGAGGGUCUGGGGGGACCAGUUUGGAGGCCAGGUGGUGCAGACCGGGAAUGGGAGCUUCCAUGUUCCGUCUAGAGCAGCACUCUUUGGCGACUAUACACCGCACAGCGUUGCUAUUAAGUUGACGCAGUUUCAACAGAACCCCUUCACCUGGGGGCGCGGGGAGUACCAGGUACGUUCGUCUGUCAUGGAACUGUCACUCCUGCAGAACGACAUCCCUGUGGCCUUCAACAACCUGACUGAAGACUUCAAUAUCACCAUUCCGGGGGGCCCCGGAAAUAAUUUAGCCACAACAAUCGUCACCUUCCCUGCUCCAGGAAACAAAAGUUCAAGCUACCAUUUGCUAAAGCUCAACAGCACCGCAGAAGGAUUCCUGGUCACAAUCACCCCGCUGAACACAAGCGUGGUGUACGGCGUGUGGGGCAGGUACGGCGGCCGCCCUGACGACCAGAACUACAACGUGUCCACGGAGACGUACGUCCUACCCGAGCAGUGUGCCUUGAUGAAAACUCUGAGUGGCGAUAAAGACGCAGAGAAAACAGCGGUAACAAUGUUCAUCCCGGGAGAGCAUGAUCCUGUAGAUUACCACAUCAAAGUCCAAGUACUUGGACCAGUGACAGAGUGUGAAAUUGAGAAGAGGGCUGACGAGAAGGAGUUACACACCGAUGACGUCUACGCCUACCAGAUCCAGUGGGCCCGUCUGAGCUGCGUCUUCUGGAGCGAGACCCAGGAAGACUGGAGGACUGACGGCUGUACGAUAAGCAAACAGUCCACCAUUACCAGUACCAUCUGCCACUGCAACCAUCUGACGGCCUUCGGAACUGACUUCGUCACACCGCCAAACACCCUAGACUUUGGGGCGUUGAAUUUCAGCGGUUUGGUGGACAACGUUGCCAUCGUUUCAACCAUCAUUGCGGCACUCUGUCUGUUCUCGUUCACAUCAGCCCUGAUAAAGAUUGCUGAGCGUGUAGGGAAAAGGAAGUUACAUCACGCUGUAAGGUUGGACGACCUUCAGAACGGCUACCGGUACCGCCUGAUCAUCUGGACAGGUGCAGCUAGGCAUGCUGGGACAGAGUCCACCGUUACCUUCAAACUAUUCGGCGAUGCAGCAAACUCCGAUGUGAGAGUGGUCAACAUCGCAGAGAAGGUUUUUACCCCAGGCAGCCAGGUGACCCUGAUCUUCAGCACAGCAGAACAGCUGGGUAACAUGGAGCAGCUGCAGCUCAUGCACGACAACAGUGGGGAGGGGAGCCGUGCAUCGUGGCACGUGGACAAAGCAGCAGUGCAGGAUCUCACCACAGGCAAACUGUCCUAUUUCUUCUGCGGCGAGUGGCUAGCAGCCGACCGCGGGGACGGGCAGGUGGUGAAGACCUUUCCUGUCGCCUCUGAGCAGGAUCUGCGAUCCAUCGGGUUCCUGUUCCCGGCAAGUCUGCGGAGCAAUCUGGCAGAGGAGCACCUCUUCCUGUCCAUCGCUAUCAUGCCUGAAGAUAGCAUUUUCACCCGCAGCCAGAGGCUCGGCUGCUGCCUGAGUCUCCUCCUCAUGUCCAUGGUGUCCAGCGCCAUGUGGCUAAGGGACGAAACAAAAACCCAGGUUGUGCAGGCCGUCAGCCUGGGGCCGUUCUCCUUCACUCUGAAUGGAGUCUACACGGGAAUCAUGGCCAGCCUCACCUGCCUUCCUGUCAUCGGGGCCAUAAGCCUGCUGUUCCAGUACAGCCGACCCAGCAACAAGGGCAACCCCCGGGUCAGAGAUGUGGAGAUGGGUGUUUCGGCUGAGGCACCCACGCAGCAAGGACCAGCCAAGGGCCUGCCACACUGGUGCAAGUACGUGGCCUGGGUGCUGGUGGUGCUGUCUGCUGUGGGGUCAUCUGUCUUCACCGUGCUGUACAGUCUGGAGUGGGGCAAGGACAAGUCCGAGAGGUGGCUGUCUGGGUACUUCUUGGCUUUUUUGGCGGACAUCUUCGUCAUGCAACCAGGAAAGAUAUUUCUCCUCACCAUCGUGACUUGCUUUGUUGGCAAGACGCAAGUUGUCAAGAAGAUCUUUAAAAAGAAGCGGGGCCCCGCUUUGAUUAAAGCCAGCGUGGUGUCUUCACAAAGGGAGGCAGGCUUCAACUGCGAUGCAUUUCGCAUGAGGAGAAAGAUGGAGCGACUUUCAAUGAGGUCCCUUGCCAACAUCAAACAAGCGCGAAUGAGGCAGCGCAGGGACAGGAGAUUUGGGGAAACCGUGUGGGACAUCGCGUGGUUCUGCUGUUUCCUCCUGCUCGUGCUCAGCAUCGCCAACGAGUACCACAACACCACAGAAAGUUUCCAUCAGACACUGAGCACAACCAACACCUUCCUGCAGUCUGUGGACGACGUAAAUGAUCAUCUCACCUUCUGGUCCUGGCUGAACGAGACCGCUCUGCAGAGCUUCUACCCGGAGACUUCCUACAAUGACGACAAGCCCCGCUGGUUUGAGAGGGGCUUCACAGCUGACAGGCAGACAGUCCUGGUCUACCCACCUAGCCUGAUCCAAGGCCGAGUAAAGCAAGGUGGGUGGAAUCACUUUAUGAAACACUUGCUAAUGGCAGUUAUGGUUCACAAAAAAGCUAUCUCAAUCGCCCGGGCAGUGGACUUCGCAGAGGGACAAGACGUGAACAGGGUUGUGUAUGACGGCAGGCAUAUGACGGGCCAUUUGGAGACGUGUUUCGAACAAGGGAAACUCACACCGUUUGACCAGCCGCAGAACGAAAGUCGUUUCAACCAAGACACACCAAAUCUCAGUGGUCUGCAAGCGAGGAAGGCGUUUGGAAAGGAUGGAGAGGUGCAAGGCAUGCCGGAGUAUCUUUCACUGCCUGCCAGUCAACCCUUCGAAGAAUAG